CUCGAACUUCCCAAAAACGAAAAUGCAUCAUGAACAUAUUUGUCUCGAUGUUGCGCGAGGAAUCGACAUCAAAUUAGCUAGUUCCCCGCAAUCUUACAGCUUUGGACAAGUGUCCGGUGAGAGCCAGAUAUCCUGUAAUAAAAUAAUGGGUCUACUUAAUUAGACAGGUGAUAAAUACGCAUUCUGAAGUGAUUAAUUUUAAAAAAGGAACGACCAGUCCACUUUCGAGAACCAUCAAAUGAGGUUAUCUAGCCUUUAUACGAAAGUGUGGUAUCACAAUUCUAAUCCCGCCCAAGCCACAAUUUCAUUUGCAUCAGAAAGGACACACAUAACUGCGGGUCCUGAGUAUCUUUCUCUUCCGUGAUCUGACCUAGUUCAAACUUGGCAUUUACCCAUAUUGGCGGGCAUUCUGCAAAAACAAAAAAAAUCGCAGGCCAAGGUGCACCGUCGCUAGCCUGUCCGUCAACACGUCUUUGUUCCCGGGAGGAUGUUAUCUGCCAGGCUGACUCUGGGGUCUGUGACAACCACUCGAAUGAAAUAACCAGGCGAUGAGCGCACAUUUCGGUUCCACCAUCGGUUAAAGCACUAGAAUGCAUGCAAGGCUUCGACACAAUGCUUCCACAUGAACAAGAACUAGAAUAUGGAUGUUUUACCUGUGUUGUCGUCAUAGGUCCGAGAUCGGCGCUGUUCGAGGAACGCCUAAGAUGAUGCAAUCAAUUUUGCAACACGUUGACAAGACCUGCGCAUUCCUACUAUGUCCCGGUUUAUGCGACUCGGGUACGCAAGCUUGGACAAGAGUUGUGUUCUUUGAACGGAGGGCAGAGAGAUGUCAUAUCCCGUCGUAGGCGGUGCAGACUGCAAGUACUGACCAGUCAGUGCGUGCACUCCUCUAUGUGCCCUGUACCCAUUCCAGUCCUUGCUGGUCCAGAACUGUUGGAGGAAGAUACUGCCCGCGCAUGCGUGAAAUAAUUUACAGUGAUCGCUCUCUUUUGAGGGCCGCAUGCCGCUUCAAAGCGAAAGGAGCAAACUCGAUUUGUUUUUUCAGGCUAUUAAUAUCCUCUCAGUCGAUCACACAGGGAAGUCAGCGGUCGUUAUUCUAUCAGGAGCGCUUGGUGCAGAAGUUGAAGGAGUUUAUUGUGAUUCGAAGAUAAAGAGAAAAGGCGGGCGGGAAUUAAAAAAAAAUGCUCUGUGGAGAUAUAGCGGCUACAGCGUGAGUGCAGUAUCCUUCGGCGGCCGCCCGGUUUUCGAUUAAAAAUAUCACAGGUAUUCAUUAUUCAAGCGCCUUGGGAUUGCCCGAGCUGCGGUAAUCCAGCUGAGUGAGGUGGAUACGCUCUGGCAAGUAGGGGGCUAUCGGCGUGUGAAGGAAGCCAUGGCCCUGCCAGCUACCGAUCAUUUAGACUACUGCAUGUGGCAGAGUCAUCAGUGUCGUCACCACCAUCUCGGUGGAUUUAGCGGAUCGAGACGGACUAAGUCUGUGAGGGGCAGUCGUCGUGCGCCGCUCCGCGACGUCAGCAGUGGCACCGUGCUCAGAGACCAACGCCCGGGCGAUGCUAGAACUCCGUCUGGGCUCGGCGGACAAUCAGACAUGACUGGACCGCGGUCCUCGGAUUGGCAGAGGACGGGUCUGCUGGCCGUCUGGAUUCUUGUCCUCGUCGGUAGCGUCGGGGCCGCCUCGGCCACCGUCCGAACCCGUAAGGUCGCCCGCAUGGACGGCGACGUGAUUUUGGGCGCGCUCUUCUCCGUCCACUCGCCGCCGUCGGAGGGCAAGGCCACCCAGCGGACCUGCGGUGAGAUCCGGGAGGAGUACGGCGUCCAGAGGGUGGAGGUGAUGAUUAAGACCCUGGCGGAGAUCAAUCAGAACCCGACCAUCCUCCCCAACAUCACAAUCGGCUACGAGAUUCGGGACUCCUGCUGGUACUCCUCGGUGGCCCUGGAGCAGAGUCUGGAGUUCGUCAGCGACAACAUCGGCGCGACCGGCGGGAGCGGUGCCGCUACCGGCCAGCACCCGGCGUCUUCCCGGCCGGCACAGGACCAGUGCCUCCCCGCUGACGGUGAUGCCGGGACCAAAGUCCCCCCUCGGAAACCCAUCGUCGGCGUCAUCGGACCGGGUUCGAGCGAAGUGGCCAUCCAUGUGCAGAACCUGCUGCAGCUGUUCAACAUUCCACAGGUUGCCUACUCGGCGACGAGCAAGGAUCUUAGCGAUAAAACCCUAUAUGAAUACUUCAUUAGAGUGUGCCCAUCUGAUACACUGCAAGCCCAGGCGAUGGUGGACAUCGUGCUGCGGUAUAAUUGGAGUUAUGUCUCUGUCGUCCACACUCUUGGGAACUACGGGGCCAGCGGCAUGGAGGUGUUCAGAGACCUGGCCACUAAGGCCGGUAUCUGCAUCGCCACCUACGGCAGCAUCAACAGCAACUCCUCGCCGGACAAGUUCGACAAGGUGAUCCAGAACCUCCUCAGCACUCCCACCGCACAAGUGGUGGUCUGCUUCUGCGAGGGCAAGACCAUCCACAAUUUGAUGAGCGCCACACGGCGACUUGGCUUGUCUGGGAGGUUUCUCUUCAUCGGCAGUGAUGGUUGGGCCGACCGCACCGAGAUCGUGAACGGCGUGGAGCCGGAAGCAGUCGGCGGCAUAUCCAUCAAGCCCCAGACCUCCUACAUCCACGACUUCGAUCCGUACUACUUCGCCCUGCGACCAGGUGAUCACUCGUCUAACCCCUGGUUCCGGGAGUUUUGGCAGGUGCGGUUCAAAUGUCAGCUGCCCCCGGAGAACAACGGCAGCGAGCCGGCCGAAACCGGGGGCGAACGGUACUCGAAGAACUGUACAGGCAACGAGUCCCUUGCCGAGCAUUACAGCCAGGACACCAAGAUGGGCUUUAUCAUCAACGCCAUCUACACCAUGGCCCACGGCCUGCAUGAUAUGCACCGGGCCCUCUGCCCGGAGAACACGGUCGGCCUGUGUCCCGAGAUGAAGCCCGUGGACGGCACGGUCCUUCUCCGGUACCUCUUCAACGUCUCCUUCCGCGGGUCGUCGGGGGACACCAUCGAGUUUGACAAGAACGGCGAUCCUUCUGGCAGAUACGAUAUCUUCAACUUCCAACGCCUACCGAGUGGCAAGUACAGAUAUGUGCCCAUCGGCGUCUGGUCGGCCAACGUGUUGGACAUGAAUGACUCAGCCAUAAUGUGGAACAACGGUUCGGCUAAUCCGGUGACGUCGUUCUGCACCGAGCCUUGCGAGAAAGGACACAUCAAGGAUAUCCGAAAUAACGUCCAGUGCUGUUGGGCCUGUCUCCCUUGCAAAGCUAACGAGAUAAUGGUUGACGAGUUCACCUGCUUGGAGUGCGAGAAAGGAUGGUGGCCCAAUGAAGACUUGAGUAAUUGUACGGAGAUCGAGGCGGAAGUUAUGCGUUGGGGUGAUAUCGAAGCCAUCAUGGCUGUCACCUUCUCCUGCCUCGGCAUUUGCUGCACUCUCUUCGUCCUCGUCACGUUCAUCCGCUACAACGAUACGCCCGUCGUCAAAUCCUCCAGCCGGGAGAAUAGCUACAUCCUCCUGGUCGGCAUCCUGAUGUGUUUCCUCAUGACGUUCAUCUUCAUUGCUGUCCCGACGACGAUCGUGUGCUACAUCCGCCGGAUCGGCCUGGGCCUGAGUUUCUGCAUCUGUUACGCGGCCUUGGUGGUCCGGACCAACCGGAUGGCGCGGAUCCUGGCCGGCUCCAAGAAGAAGAUCAUCACCCGGAAGCCCCGGUUCCUAGGCAGCACGGCGCAGGUGGUCAUGACCUUCCUGGUCAUCGGCGUCCAGGUUGUCAUCAUCACCGUGCUGGUCGUGGUGGAGCCGCCCGACGCCGUCCUCGACUACCCGGACCCGCGGCGGGUCCGACUGAUCUGCAACACCACCACGCUGGGCAUCCUGGGCCCACUGGGCUUCGACACCGUCCUGGUCGUCAUGUGCACGCUGUAUGCCUUCAAGACGCGCAACCUGCCAGAGAACUUCAACGAGGCCAAGUACAUUGCCUUCACCAUGUACACAACCUGCGUGGUCUGGCUAGCCUUCAUCUCGCUGUAUUUCGGCGGCAGCGAGAUGCGGAACAUCGUCGUCUGCUUCGCCGUCAGCCUCAGCGCCACGGUGGCCCUGGCGUGCCUGUUCUUCCCCAAGACCUACAUCGUGCUGUUCAAGCCGGAGCGGAACAGGCGGAGCUCCAUGAAGACCUCAAGUUUGGUCCGCAUGCACGUGGGCAGUUUCAGCGAGUUGGCCCCGCUGUCCUCUCAGAAAACCAGCAGCGUCAAUGGUUCCCUGGAGAUGGGGAUGGGACGGGAUCGCGUGGCCCGCAACUCAGGAUUCAACCGUAAGGGACCCACGAAGGAGUCUCAGAAGGGUUUCUUCAGCGGCAUCCGCCGUCGCAAACGGGGUUAUAAUCAGGUGAACAUGAUGAAAGCGGUGGAGAGGGACCGCAUGCAGAGGCGCCGGCAACCAGUGUACCGCUACUCCGCUUCCGCAGAGACCCGGCCCCGGAGGAUCAGCGGCACGAUCGAGGACUGCGCGCCCUUAGACCCGGCAGGCCGAGGUCGGGCCGACGCUCCGGAGGGGAGCGAGUCAGGUCCAAAGAUCGCGGUGGUGCGGCCUCGCACGGACCAGUCAGCCACCAACUUACAGGAGGUCUACAUAGAAAGUGCACUUAAGGACGGUCCUCCUGGAAACAUUCCGUCUCUGCUGCCGGGCAAGGAGGAGGCGCUACGGAGGAACUCAAGCAGCUGUGCGAGCGGCAAGGCCGCGGACAGUGUGUUCAUCGAGAUGGCCGAUGAACCCGAGCAUGGUGCUGGGGACAUGCAAAGUGACGCGCGGCCACUUCUAACUGAGCCUGGUGAUGAGGCCCCACCCAGGCGAGACUCUGGCCUGGGACUCCGCCCAGACAUUCCCCAAAUAGUCACUUCAUUCCACGGCAGCAGCCAGGACCUGGGGGAGCCCCAGGUCGGCCAGAUGAGGAACUCGCUGGGCACACCGCCGGUCAACAAACGGCGCGUGUCCGAGAGCCAUGGCUUGCCUCGCCCGGGCGCUAACCCCUUCCAGUUUCUGCCCCGUAGGCGCUCGCACGGCUCUGUUGAAGGUAAACCCAACGUGGCUUUAUGCAGCGCACCACCCUGUAAGCACUCACUAAAACACCGCAAGCAGCUAGCAAAGUCGGCCGAGGUGCUGUGCCGCCAGGGAGAGUCCAACCCACUGCCGACCUCCUCCACCGUUUCAUCGUUCUCUUUCACGCCCACACCGCAUGCCUCGUACCCAGGUCCAACCAGACCUUCCUCCGCAUUGGACCUGGUCCCUUCCAGCCUACAUCUUCAAGACGCAGAGAUCGCUUCCCCGCCGGCCAAGUUAAAUGUAACUCUGGAAAAUAACAAUUUCGAGCUUUCCGGACCAAGCAUGAGGACACAUUUUGAUAGCCCGCCGUUGACGGUAGAUUGUGCCAUGCGGUCAAGCACCCCAUCAGAAAUAAAUGCAAACGAAAAUGGUCUUGUCUCGGCCAACGGCGUUGAUGACGUAUUCGAUCAGUCAGGUAGUGUUUGGAACGAGGCCAAACUGGAAGAAUUAGCCACUGGACAAAACACGCCGUUGAGGACGCUUCCCGAAAUCAGAUCGUCAAAUGUAUGACUUGAACUCAUAAAUUCCAUUUCAACGUGACAGCUCUGUACGUUUUUAAAGACACCGCAUUGUCAACCUGGAGUUUUCAAAUGAAGAUUUUUGCACUGCUUUUAAAAUCAUCAGCAGAUCUAUAGAGAUACCUGUAUCUUGGGGCUUAAACUCCAUGAAUUCCUCGCACGUGCCUUUGCCAUAGGUAGACCUGCCCGCAUAAUUUUUAUUCAUGUUGCUGUACAUUUCUUGCGCCAUUACAUUGGUAUUUACGCUAUACACCUGACUCGGCUUGUAGCAAAUACAUUACUUUCCUUUCUUCCCAGACAGUUAUUGGUUAUUUCUUUUCAGUCUCGUGCAGUGCCCGAUAUACCACAGCCAACUAUCUAUUGCUCCGAAAGAAAUUGGAAGUUUUUUUCCCGCCGAUUUUCUUGAAUUUGCACAAACCAUUCGCAUUGACGGUACGCCGGGAAAAAUACACCCCAAAGGCAGUGGAAACUCCUGACGACCACAAUAAGUUUUUGUAUAACGCCAUUUUUCAAUUGGAGUGAAAACUUUAUCUGAACAUAGAACACGCAUUUGUCUGAACGCAUACCAGGUUUUACUAAUGUCCGUCACUGCAGGGUGAAUAAUUAUGUGAAGGAGUGAUAUCUGUGCCGGCCAGGAAUUUGCAGGAGAAAAACGACUCUUCCAGGCUAAAUUUGCGUAAAUUAAAAUGAAAACUUGCUUGUGAAAACAAAAUGUACACCGCAUCAUUCUAAAGGGCCUGUUCGAAUGCUAUUUGGCGCAGUGCUGUGAGUUCGCCUAAAGCCCUCCAUGAGUCAAGUCGCACACCGGCAUUCACGCUGCGUCUGCUUGGUGCAAAAUGCCUAAAAUGACGUGACCGUAGAUUAUUGGAUUCCACCAACAAUUAUUUUAUCGUUUAGGUAGCAUUGAAUAUCAGUGAGUAAGCCAUAGAGUACCGAAGUGAAUACGUCACGCGCACAAUUAGUGUGUAAAAGGCAUUAGCGUGAGAACCAGCGCGUGAA